AUGGAUCCUCAGCACAGCGAGAGUUCAAACCCGCAAGGAGAAGUCAGGAACUCCAAUAACCGUCGACAUGACGACAAACGACCACCGAAGAAGAAAGGCUUGAACCCACUACAGCGGGCGAUUCAGGAUUUUGUAACGCAUCAUCUCCCACCAUCUCUACUUUCUGACCACGGCGUAUCACCAGAUGCACUGUCAUCGUCCUUUCCGAAGAGAUUUUCCAUAUAUGAGCCCAUGCUGCUUCUACCGGUCAAUGCGUUUGACACUCCGCCGUGGAGCACGGUCUACAAGGCCCUCAGUGCUGAACAGAAGGAAGCACUCUACGCGACGAUAGCGCGAAAUUUCAGCCGACAGCGCGUGACGCACGUUGCCAUCAAUGCACCUAUCGUGCUUACCGACAUGCAGGGGCAGGAGAACCGCAUGCGGAGUCCCGUGGGGUUGAUUCCGCUCUACGGGGACUUCGGACCUGUAGCCUCAGGGCAGGCAGAAGACGCGCAGCCAACGGAAGACGACUUCCAACGAGCGUUCUGGGUGCGCACUGUGCAGAUUCGUGGCAUUGAGCAGGUCUGGGCGCCGCUGCAUACGAUGUUCUCUCGCGGCAACAUCACGGAAAAACUGCGUAUCAUGGGCCACGAAGGCACGUUUGAAGGACUGGAUGAGCCAUCUCUGAGCGGAGAAAGAAUUGGAGACAUUGCCGUUGUGGAUAUGUAUGCGGGCAUCGGCUACUUUGUCUUUUCGUAUCUGAGACGCGGCGUCCGGCGUGUCUGGGGGUGGGAGAUCAAUGGCUGGUCGGUUGAAGGCCUCCGGAGAGGCUGUCUAGCCAAUGGGUGGGGCUGCAAAGUGGUCAGGAUUGAGAGCGAUGGCAGCUUGAGCGAACCGCUCCCAGAUCUGGUUGACGGCCUGCGCGACACGGACAGAGUGGUUGUGUUCCAUGGGGACAACAAGUAUGCGGCCGAUAUCAUGCGUGAAAUACGUGAACUCAUGCGGGACCGGCAGUUGUGGAACAGUAUCAGACAUGUCAAUCUUGGCCUUCUCCCGACAUCGCAGGAUGCCUGGGAUAGUGCGUGUAAGACGACUGACGUUGAAAAAGGCGGUUGGAUCCAUGUCCAUGAGAAUGUGGAUUUCCAGCAUACCGAAGAGAAAAAAUAUGAAGUGACUAUGGAGGUUGCCAGGCUGCGAUCCCAAGCGAUGGGUCUAUCUCAGGUCAUUGAAUCGACCGCCAUUUGUCGACAUAUCGAACAGGUCAAAACAUAUGCUCCUGGGGUCAUGCAUUGCGUCUUUGAUAUUGAGCUACCACCUCGUGGGAUGUUCUCGGAUCAGUUGAUGUGA